AUGUCGCUUUUGGGGAAGUUGCUCUCGGGCAUCCCUUCGCAUGGCUCCUCGACAUCCCGGCCGAAGAACGCGCUGGAUUCCAACUUGGAGGACCAAUUCACCCACAAUCUACUUUUCCCAGACGCUGAUGCCCUCUGCCAUAAUGAUCAGGUCUUUCCGCUCUCGUCCGGCACAGUGCUCGCGCCCGCCGCCCUCACCAACUUCGAUGUCAAUGCAGAGAUGGAUCUCGAAAUGCGUGAUGUGCGAGUAAUCAUCAUGCAGGAAGCCACUCCCACCUCAGGCUCAGCAUAUCUUCUCUAUGAUAGCCAUACACCGCCACCUCCUUCUCCGGUGCUAGACCGACAACAGACGUACAAUGCUGGGACCGUCUUCCCGUCGCGGACGGAGGGGCGUCGGUCAAUCAGCUCACCCCGUAAAACAAGUGUAGGGCACAACUCAAGACCAGUGGUGAUACAGCAAGAGCAAAGUGCCCCCCGGACGUUUGGUGCCUUUGACCGCAGAUCAGCGCACCAGAGGAAUCUUAGCCACACAGAAACGGAAGGGCAGCGGUCGGCACGAGAAUAUAGAGAAGAGGUCACGACAUUUUCGAAUUGCAUCUUUGGAAACUCGGAGGUUCUGGCGUACAAAGGGACUGGCACCAAGGUCCAUAUUCUCCCGUCAGAAUCCAAGUCUUCAUUUACAUCAAGCUCAUACCAGGGAGAUGGAAACGGUUCCUUGGGCAGGUCAAGCAUGCGAAGCAGCAAACUGGCUCAGUCAUUUACCUCGGACAAUUUCAUGCAUGCUCCGGCAUCGGCGGGGUUUACGAGUUCGAAUACGGCAUCAAGAAGCUGUGACAAAAGGAAAGUGCUGAUCACGCGCAUGUUCCCAGUUCCAUUGCUCACCGAGGAUACUGAGGAUGCCUCACAAACCAUCACGCCAACCGCUUCUAUAGCCCACGGAGGUGAAGCCUCCAGCUUCCCGUUCCCGAAAGUAGGAGGCAAAGGAGCGUCGCAGCCACGAACAGAAAAGAAACUGCCACCUAAACAGAAGAGGACUCCUAUGUAUGCGGUCGGUCUCGUGAUCCACCUGCCGUCCGCUCCUCAUGUACCCUCUGCACCAAUAUCUAGGUCUAGCUUCCGGGGGGCUAGCUCAUACAACGAGCAAGAAUCGUUCCCCUCAUCUUUCAAUUCGACUCGCCGUGCGGGGUGGACUAUGCUUGGAAAUGGAUUCGGCGUAGAGUCUAUAGACUCCUCAUACUGCAGCGAUGCUGAUGACCGCAUUGACACUAUAACCCAGCAUUGGGAUAUCAUCAUGCGAACCCUAUCUCACCUGCAAGCCGUUGUCACUGCAUCACUGCUGCCUAUGCUUAAACAAGCAGAUAUUAGCUCCCCCGACCCCCGAAGCAAUUCGUCCCAUCAGCGCGUGCCGUCUGCUAGUAUAUCGAUAUCCGGGAAACGAGUCGUGGAGGAAGUCAAGCCCUUCAAAAUCCCCAAGACCAAUGCAAAAUUUGUCCAAUUGACAGCAAACUGCCUCAUGCCAGUCCAAACAAUCCACAGAGAGGUCGAUCUCUCUCGCCAACGCAUCGUUAGCGGGAUUAAGACACUCCGGGUUGUCACCGGCCAAGGUAGAUGGGGCAUCUGGCGCGAGGAAGCAAGACUCCUGGGCAAGUGGGCAGGCGGCAAGGAUGAAGGAUUCUUCUUCUUCAACCUCCUGACUGGGUUUCUUGGCAACCAUACUGAGUGGCUUCAAGCACUUGGACCGAGCUGGUAUCGUCGCCGCCAUUAUCAACAUCAGCGAUCGAAUAAGGAUGAUGAGAUCGUCGUCCCGGCACGUACCAUCAUCGUUUCCAAUAACAAGUUGAUGGCUCGCAGAUUGAUCUUCUUAUUAUCCGCUUUCCUACCAGCCAGUCACCAGCCAACGUUUCCUCGAUUGCACCGUCCUAGCACUUCAGCUUCCUUUGGUGCAUACUCCCAGUCUCCCCCAAUGUAUGCGGUGCCAAUAUUGAGGGAGGAAUCUCUCCGCCGCAGAAUCAACAAGCGAACUGGUAUACCUCGAGGAACUCAUUCACGGACUAUGAGCUUCCCUACCCAGUCCGUGCAUAACCCCCCGGCUCAACUACCUUUAGACAUCCACCACGAUCGUCGCCCCUCCGAGGCUGCAUCCAUCAAAACAGCAAACCUGCCAAUACCCGGAAGCGAUCUUGGGACACGAAAAAGCAGUGCAGCAACCACUUCCACUGCCACGCCCAUCACUACAAUGCCCCAUUUCUCCACUAGACGACCGGUAAGAGGUACUGGCCCUGAACCACGCCCAGGAAGUAGCGGCAGUCUUGCAACCGAUGAUUUGAUGCGUUCUCUCAAGCGCGGCGAGAGCAGCGGCCAAUAUAGCACCACCAGCAACGACUCUCAAGGUCAUAACUCUCGCUGGGGUAGCAUGAUAAGCGGUUUCUGGGGGGGGAAACGGCAAGACUCCACAGCUAUUACAGAGGUUGAACCCCUAACUAUGGAUGGGUUGGGGAUAAACGAUUCGGCUGGUAAAGAUCAAGCUACUAGAACUGGCGGCAAAUUGGCCAAAAUGGUUGACGAGGCUAGCUGCUGUCCACCUAGAGAUCCAAGAGACCAACGACCGCGUGAAGCCAGAUCCUCCCAAUCAGGCAGUGCUACAACGGCGAAACCGGGCCCGGAACAGGGCGAGGAGAUUUCGGAGCAGAUAAUCCGGCUUGCCGAGCGGAAACCUGAUCCUUCAGGAGCAUAUGAAUCUCCAGUCAAGACGUCAAUCAAUGAGGACGACGGAGUUAUUGACAUUGAUGUUCCUCUCCCAGAGUAUCUCUCCUUUGAGACUGCCGUUAGCUCGCCAUCUAGCAGCGGUUACCUCUCCACUCCAGGAUUUGGUAAUGGGAUGGAAGGAUUUGAGCACUACUCCCGUCCUGGUGCUGAGUUAGACACGACGAUAAAUGUCGGGGGCUGGCUUCCACGCUACCACCCUGAUUUCUCUUUACAGGCCAUUCCUGCUCAAGAUGGUCUUCUUGAGGAAAUCAAAGCCUCCCUUCGAGAUGAACCGACACCAGCCUUCAGCACUACCCCUCUUCCCGACAAUGGCCGCUUAGAGCGCUGGGUCGAUGUCAGUAGCGCUAUCAUAGCUGACACCACCAACUUCAGUAUCAAACAUAUCCGCUAUAGACGACUCGUGAGGCCAAAGGACAUAGGCCAACCGGCAACCAGCAACCAAUGUAUCGACUCCCGCUACGGAAACGUUUAUUCCGCCGCGCAGUUGACACCUGGGAUGGACUUUUGGCCAUCCCAUAUUGAAGAAAGGUUUAUUGAAGAGCCCAUUAUAUCCAUGGAUGAAACUCUCAUUCAAGCAGUGGAGCGUAUAAUUGCACAAUCGGGCCACGACUCAAAUGGAUCUUCGGUCUGCUCUUCGCGCUCUGCAUCUCGCAAGGGCGGAAAUCGCGAGCGUUCAAACUCCGGUGUCAAGACUCCCGGGGCUCCAGAACACCAACUGGAGGUGCCAAGAAAUGAGUGCAAAAAGAUGGUCCUUGGUGCCCUAGAGGAGAUUGUAAAGGAAGUGGCGGAGAGCAGGAAAGAUGGCGAUGGUGCGGAGGUGGAGAGAACGGAGAGUUUCUUGAGAGAAGGUGUUAGGACUUGGCUGAGUGAUGUCGAGACCAUGGACUAA